AUCUUCUUCCCGUUCGCGUCUCGGUUCAGGGAUCAGAACCCUCAACCAAAACCUGAAACAAGCACCCCACGCAGCAAUGGCCUCUAGAACGCUAUCCUUCUCCUCGCUGGCCUCCGCCUUCGCCCCCUUCCCGGCGCGCUCCAGACCCCGGCACCCUCCCCUCCGCCUCCUCGGCCUCCACCUCACCUCCGGGCAUCUCCUCCGCGCCUCCACCCUCUCCACCGCCGCUGCCCCCGCCCCUGAUGCGGACGCGGACGCGGACGCCGACCCCUACGAGGGCGUCGACACCGUCGAGCAUCUCCUCGCCCCAAAGCCCACCUCCCCGGGCGGCGGUCGGAUGGGCCGGCUCAUGAAGAUGCAGCGCCGCGCCGACGCCGACGGCCCGGCGGCGGGGCGGGGCAGGUGGUUCCCUUACCUGGACGCGUUCCGGGGAGCGGGGGGCGUGGAGGUGACCAGCCAGGAGGUGGUGGACGUGCUGGAGCCGUACAUCCUCGAGCCGCGGCGGGACCGGAUCCGCCGCGCCGUCCAGAGCAGGAGCUACGCCGUCUGCCUGGUCGUCGAGGGCCUCACCGACUUUGGGAACGUCUCCGCGGCGUUCCGCUCCGCCGACGCGCUCGGCGUGCAGUCCGUGCACGUCAUCUCCUGCGAGGACAACAAAAGGUAUAGAGACAACCGGCACGUGAGCAUGGGUGCCGAGAAAUGGCUUGACAUCGAGCUAUGGAGCUCACCUGCAGAAUGUUUUGAUGCUUUGAAAAAGCGUGGUUAUCGCAUUGCAUGUACUAGUUUGGGAAGUGAUUCGGUUUCUGUGUAUGACAUGGAUUGGUCUCAUCCAACGGCUAUCGUUGUGGGCAAUGAGACUAUGGGUAUUAGCGACGUCGCUCUGAAGUUGUCGGACAUGCACUGUAGUGUUCCAAUGAAAGGCAUGGUGGAUUCUUUUAAUGUAUCUGUUGCAGCUGGAAUCCUUAUGCACCAUGCUGUUUAUGAUAGAGUUUCUCGCCUUGGUCAGAAUGGCGAUCUCACGUCUGAAGAAAAUAGAAUAUUGCUGGCAGAGUUCUAUCUGCGUCAUCGAGAGAGCACAGCUACGGUCAUUCAUGAAUAUGCCAAAAGGAAGGCAAAUAAUUUGGUGGCCAAACUUUGAGAUCGCAGUGUCUGCUGAAGAAACAUGUGCAAGCUAGUUUGUUAAGCAGUGUUUUGUUUGGCAGUUGGCUAAUUCAGUAUUAUGAAUUUAUGAUCAACUUUAGACUAACUGGCGUUCAUCCUGCUAAUGAAGGUUAUUUCUGAAAAAGGAACGAUCAUACUGCUCGGGAAUUAGGGUGCUGCGAUAUGCUGAUUCCAAACAGAAUCCAGGGACAGGAUUUGGUGUCUUUGGUGAUGCAACCUAUUGCACAAACCUAAAGCAUUACUAUGUACUCUAUGUGAUUUGGCUUGCCAACUUCUUUUGAGUCACAGCAGUGGCGGAGCCAUGAUCAUAGAUGAGGGGGCCCAAAUGGCUCAAACUUUUGAUAACAGAGGCCAAAUCACACUAAUACAUGUUUUUCCCUUAAAUCUGAGAGAUUGAAACAUUAAACAAGCAUAUACUCCCUCCGUAACUUAAUAUAAGAUGAUUUUUGACA